AUGGAUUUACAGGUCCAACAUCAGGCUCUACUGACACUUGACUUCUCUGCCUCAGCCCACCAUGGAGCUCCUGGGAACGACUACUAUUUUCUUGCUUGUUUGUAUCUCAUGCCUUCUUCUCUUGGCCACAUGGAGAAGCACAUCACAAAAAGGGAAGGAGCCUCCUGGUCCCUUCUCACUUCCCAUUGUUGGAAACCUCCUCCAGCUGAACCCAUGGAACAUACCUGAAAGCUUGAAGAAGCUCAGUGAGAAGUAUGGUCCUGUCUUCACAAUACAUUUAGGCCCAAAAAAGGUUGUGGUACUGUACGGUUAUGAUGUUAUGAAAGAAGCUCUGAUUGAUCAAGGAGACGAUUUCAGUGGAAGAGGCAUUCUACCACUGAUUGAAAAACUCUUCCAAGGCACAGGCAUUGUGACUAGCAAUGGUGAGACCUGGAAGCAGCUCCGACGAUUUACACUCACCACCAUGCGGGAUUUUGGAAUGGGGAAAAAGGGCAUCGAGGAGCGAAUCCAGGAGGAAGCUCAUUUUCUGGUGGAGAGGCUGAAGAACACACACGAGCGACCUUUCGACCCCAACAACUUCCUAGUCCAUGCUGUUUCCAACAUCAUCUGCUCCAUUGUCUUUGGGGAUCGGUUUGACUACGAGGACAAGAAAUUUCUAACUUUAAUCGAUUUGAUAGAUGAAAACAACAAGCUUCAGGGCUCUCUACACACACAGCUAUAUAAUUUCUUCCCAACUCUCAUGGAGUCAAUACCUGGACCGCAUAAAAAACUGAUAAAAAAUGUUGAACAAGACUUUUCUUUUUAAACUAGCUUCUUGAUUUUGUCAUUGAAAACCUUCUGCCAAAUCUUCUUACAGGAGAAAGGAAAUGUCGACUCAAAAUUCACCACUGAGACCUUGACCAGAACCACGCUCGACUUGUUCCUUGCAGGAACAGGGACCACCAGCCUCACACUGAGAUAUGCAAUUCUGAUUCUCCAUAAAUACCCAGAGACAGUAGAGAAAAUGCAAAAGGAGAUUGAUUCCGUGAUUGGCCGGGACCGAAGCCCCCGCAUGGCAGAUCGGAGCCAGAUGCCCUACACAGAGGCUGUGAUCCACGAAAUCCAGAGAUACAUUGAUUUCCUUCCACUGAAUGUCCCACAUGCUGUGACCAGAGACACCAAGUUCAGAGACUAUUUUAUCCCCAAGGGCACUAUGGUAUUCCCUAUGCUGACUUCCGUCCUACAUGAUAGCAAGGAAUUUCCAGAUCCAGAAAAAUUUGACCCAGGACAUUUCCUGAAUGCAAAUGGUACCUUUAAAAAGAGUGACUACUUUAUGCCAUUUUCUACAGGAAAACGUGUCUGUGCAGGAGAAGGUCUGGCCCGGAUGGAGAUAUUCAUAUUCUUAACAUCCAUCCUGCAGAACUUUACUUUGAAGCCUAUUGUGGAUCUCAAGGACAUUGACAUUACUCCAAUAGUCACCGCUCUGGCAAGCAUGCCCCGACCCUAUCAGGUCUCUUUUGUUCCACGUUAGCCAAGAGAAAACUGUUGCCAGCUCCCAAACUCGUGAAUGCUCUGGUUGAACAACAGUCAUUUCCCAAUCUGUUGAGACUGAAACACUCAGAUAAUUUUCUAGAUACUUUAUGGAGACAAAAGUGCUCAGAAAAGAAAAUUGUAUGGUGCUGUUAUAACGACCACAGCCAGCUCUAAACAGAGACAGAGUAGGCAAUGGUACAAGGAAGAACACAGCUCCCUGUGCAAAAUUAUACAGGUUCUCCUCUGCACCUGCCUCGCCCAGCUCUGUUUCCCAUCUGGCUCCUGACGUACCAGGGUGAGUGGAGUAGCUGUCUGAGAGCCCUGCUGCUGCUGUCCCUAUCACUUGAUCAUCUCAGCACAGCAGAACAGAUGCUUGUACUCCAGGCUUUCCACAGAAUCUGCUGAGGUACCUCUCUCCUCUGUACUUUCAAUUUGUUUGUAACCGAUUUGUAAAGGUAAGUGUAAAACAGUGAGGGUUUUUUUCUGUUAGAUGAUGGUCACCUAAUAUAUUCUUGUCCCAGUACUUAUUGUCUACUGUGGUGGGAAUGGAGUUUAUCAAUGACUGGGCAGAUGGGUUAUCUUCUGUGUGAUUGUAAUGAAGGUUUGUGAAAUUACAACUUAUAUUGCAAAAUAAAAAAGUGGUACAAUGAA